CUUCUGUUGAUAACCAUUAAAACGUGAACGUUCGCGACGACUGUUACGCGAUAUUUACCUGUCAUUGAAAUUAUACUAAAUUGUUUGUGUUGCGCGUUGCCUAAUUAAAAUCACUCGAAAAUCAUGGAGGUACUGAUAGAUUGCUAUUUCGACAGACUGUUCUCGGAAAUGGAACGCAGUUGUUUAGCCUCGCGAUACAAACGUCGCGAGCUGGUCAGUUAUUUCACGGAUGUGAUAAACAGUUGUGCAGAAGCGGAAGAUCUCGACAAGCAGGACGUAUGCGAGAGGAUAGUUCUCUCAGCUCUGCGUUAUCACAAUAUCACGAUGAUGGAGAACGGAUCGAUCUGUUUACUCGGCAAGUUUCACAAUGUUCUUUACGUGGCGGCGAAGCUGUGCUAUGAUUGGGAUAUCCACAACAACACGAUUGUCAGUCGAUUGCUAAAUGACAUAUUCUACUGCGAGAAGACGUUCGAGCGAUUACUCGUCGGGGCAAUCUUCGGCACGCGCGUAACGCAUUUCCUGUCGGGCUGGAAGUGCGACUUUGACGAUCGCGAAGAGAACAUCCGGGCUCUCGUGUACUUCUUGGAUCACGCAAUUAGCGGUCGGUUGGAGUACCGUUGCGAGUCCUCGCCGAUAAAGAGACGUUUCAUCGACGUGACCAUGGAGUCGUAUGGACAGGUUCUGCCUCUCAGGGUCGCGAUCCAACACGGCGCACCGGACAUCCUGUUGAUCAUGCUGCGCUACGGUGCUUCAGUCGAAUCCGACAAACUGGCUCCGUCGCCGAUGGAGAUGAUUCUGACAAAACUGAGCGAGUACGAGGCACAACCCGGACAGGAGGAAGUCGUCUAUCCGGAACAUCUGCUGACGUGCCUGAAGCUACUAUUGCGAACUGUGACCGCUGCCUACAUCAGAACUCCUGAUCACAUCGCCGCUCACAGCGGUAUAUUCAGUGUCUCUUUGUACGAGCAGUAUCCCAACCUGGCGAAUCAAAAUCUAAUACCUCCGGAACGUACCGGAAUUUGUCCAGCGGAACUUAAACAUCUGUGCCGUUGCCGAAUCCGCGAGACCCUCCAUAAUAAUUGGGCAUUGCCUCAUGGAAUCAAGAAACUGCAGAUUCCAGAAUCUCUGAAAAAUUAUCUCGAUCUGCUGCAAGACUGACGACUCGUUCGCGGGAUGAUCGAUCAAAGCGUUUCGCUACAUAGUCAUGUAUCAAAGUAUACCUAGCGGAGUGCAGACAGCUUGUACAUACCACGGGCUC